AUGGAUGCGUCCAGUGGCAAGAAGCUGGGUCUACUGGCGGAGAAUUAUCCUGUGGGAAAACGUCCACGCCCGCUUUGGUAGUUGUCACGCAAGAAGUUGACGCAUGCAGCUCCAAGAAAAAUCGAGAGCUAUUUGCUAUUUAAUAUCUUAUUCGAGAAACACAAACAUAGAUUUGUCGUUCUCUGAACAGCAGGCUGCGCGUAGCUAUCUAGCUUCUUGUCCUCCCGAGGACUACGCUUUUCUUCCAAGAACAGUCUGUCACUAUCGCAAAUUGCAGACCUCGUUAAAAAUUUGACUAGCAGCCCUAGCUAUUCCUAGCCCUACCUGUACCUACGGAGCGGGGACGUGUAUUUUACUCCGGGAUAAAACUAAGAAAACCAAGAAAGCCGGUGUGCCGGCGUUCCACGACCAGCCGCACGGAACAACAUCUUCUACCACAGACACUGCUGCUGCUUCGCUGCUGAAGCGUUCUGCCCCUGACGAGGAAAAUAGCCGAGCUGAUGAACAUGUGGGCGAAAGGUUCAUGAUCGCGGAGGAAGAUGAUGUAGUGGACGUUUUCGAAAACUUGGUGGAGGGUGUUGACGACCUGAAAUUAGAUGAGUUAGC